GUGGCGCUCUCCUCCUCCUCGGCCACUCGUUCCAGUCCAAGGGGCGAGUCCACACCACUGUAAUAACUUCCUCAUACAAGGAAAAUAGGUAAAACCUGUUAUUAGUCAUUUCAUAUACGUCUUUCUGCCAUGCUAGUGUAAGAAGACGGCGUUUGUCCCUGCGUUUGGAUCUUUAUUAAUAAUUAAUUUGUACGCCACUGAAGCAACAACACGAUGCAGCGACUACUCGAUUUGAAGAACACUUUCUUCGAUUUGGAUGUGAACCAACAGAGACUAAUCGGCUCAGCACUGGCGGCAGGAGGGAUAAGCCUUCUUGCUUACUAUUUUGUGUUUAAGAAAAAAGAGAGAAAAACUAUUCCUCUUGGUGAAGGAUGGUGGGGAGAAGGGGUGAAACGACUUUCAGAAGAUACAAAAGUCCAUAGCUUCAAAGUGGAGACGUCAGAUCAAGAAAUCCAGGAUUUGUACGAGCGUAUUGAUAGGACACGAUUCUCAGAUCCAUUGGAGGACAGCGCCUUCCACUAUGGCUUCAACACAAACUAUCUGAAGAAAGUAGUUUCCUAUUGGAGACAUCAGUUUGACUGGAAGAAACAAGUGGAUAUGCUCAACAAGUAUCCACACUACAAAACCAAAAUUGAAGGUCUGGAUGUGCACUUUAUCCAUGUGCAGCCAAAGAACAAGGCUCAUCAGAAAGUUUUGCCCCUGAUGCUUGUUCAUGGGUGGCCAGGAUGCUUCUACGAGUUCUACAAAAUUAUUCCACUUCUCACGGAAGACCAGGGAGAUGUUGUAUUUGAGUUGAUAAUCCCGUCUAUUCCCGGAUAUGGUUACUCUGAAGCACCACACAAAAAAGGGUUUAACAGUCUUGCAGCUGCCCGUAUUUUCCUGACCUUGAUGGAGCGCCUUGGCUUUUCCCAGUUCUAUCUGCAGGGAGGAGACUGGGGCUCCCUUAUCACCACCAACAUGGCACAGAUGAAGCCCGAGUGUGUAAAAGGACUCCAUUUGAACAUGUUUAUAACACGGUUACAAAAAGGUUUCAAGGGGCUCCUUACCCUGGUCAUUGGCCCAUAUCUGCCCUUCCUGGUCGGACUCACCAAAGAAGAUGUCAAACGGCUGUUCCCAUUCUUUGAGAAAAAUGUGUGGACGAUUUUGAGAGAAACAGGCUACAUGCACAUCCAAGGAACCAAACCAGACACUGCAGGCUGUGGAGUGAACAACUCCCCUGUCGGCUUGGCUGCGUAUAUACUGGAAAAGUUCUCUACUUGGACUGACGACAGCUACAGAGACCAUGAGGACGGUGGUUUAGAGAGGAAAUACACCCUGGAUGAACUAUUGACAGUGAUCAUGAUCUACUGGACUACUAGCUCCAUAGUCUCCUCUAUGCGUUUCUACAAAGAGAAUUUGACCAUGAACCCUGAUGAGAGAAUUGACGGCUUAACAAAUGUAUUUGUCCCAGCUGGACUGGCAGCAUUCCCCAAAGAGCUGAUGCACUGCCCCGAGUCAUGGGCAAAAACCAAGUACAAAAAGAUUUAUUCCUACACAUUUAUGCCUCGAGGUGGUCACUUUGCUGCUUUUGAAGAGCCCCAACUAUUGGCUGAUGACAUUUUCAGUUUUAUCAAAAAAGUGGAGCAGUAGUAAGCAUGCUAACAUGACUGAUGGGAUUUGUAAUGAUUAUUCAACUUCAUAUUAUUUUUAGAGUUUCAGAUAGACAUUCAUAGAAGAAAUCACCACUUUAUUGCUCACAAAAUAUGAAUUUGUUAAUGCAUUAUUUCAGUUAAAUAUUUAUAUAACAAUUAGCACUCACCAGCACAAGCUUCCUUAUUUGACAGCAUUUCAUACAGGUUCUAUAUUGUGUUAUUUUGUUUAAAUAAAAACUCCUUUGAAUUACAA